UGCCCCUCGGUCGCCAUGGCAACCCGCCCGCCGGGAACUCCACUUCCCAGGCCGCUCCGCGCGCGCGCGGGCGCGGCUUCCUAUAGGGCGGCGCUUCCCCGCCCCGGCGUGCUUUGCGCCGGGCUCUCCCCGCUCAGCCAAUCGGCGGCGAACAGGUCGCGAAGGGGGAAAAAAGAGGAGCCAAGAUGGCGGCGAAAGGCGGCGGCGCGGGAGGCGGAGGCGGCGGAGCCAACAAGAACGGGAUCCUGGACAAGAAGGUCGCGAACGGAGAUCAGUGACUUUGGGACGAUGAGCCAGUUGCCAAGCGUCCGAUCCUAUGGCCAGUGGGAUGCUGCAACUGACUGGAAAAUCGACGACAAACCCGUGAAAGUGGACAAAUGGGACGGGUCAGCGGUGAAGAAUUCACUGGAUGACUCCGCCAAAAAGGUCCUUUUGGAAAAGUAUAAAUACGUAGAGAACUUCUGCUUGAUCGACGGGCGCCUUAUCAUCUGCACCAUCUCCUGCCUCUUCGCCAUUGUGGCUUUAAUAUGGGAUUAUCUUCACCCCUUUCCGGAAUCGAAGCCGGUGCUUGCCGUCUGCGUGGUGUCGUAUUUCGUAAUGAUGGGAAUUCUGACCAUCUAUACCUCAUACAAGGAGAAGAGCAUCUUCCUGGUAGCGCACAGGAAAGACCCCACAGGAAUGGACCCGGACGACAUCUGGCAGCUUUCCUCCAGUCUGAAAAGGUUUGAUGACAAAUACAGCCUGAAGAUGACAUUCAUCAGCGGCCGAAGCAGGCAGCAGAGAGAGGCGGAAUUCACCCGAUCCAUCGCCAAAUUCUUCGAUGGCAAUGGGACCUUAGUAAUGGAAACCUUUGAACCCGAGGUCUCCAAGCUUCACGACAGCCUCAUGACGGAAAAGAAGCUGAAAUAGGCUGCCGGCCAUCUUCCCGCUUAGAUCAUGCUGAGCUUUAAAAGUCAAUAAAGCAAUCAAAGCCAGAACAUA